UUACAAGUUGGGACUUUCCCACCCGCCCCUUCUGCUCCUCCAUUGGUUCUCACAACCCUUCCUUGUCUCUGAUUGGCUGCCCAGGCUGUCAUUUCUCUUCUUGCACACUUCCUUGUUGUAAAUUCCCAGUCUUGACGGAAAGUUUGUGGAGGCUGAAGAAUCCCCUCAGAAGCAGAGCCCUGCGUGUGACUGGCUGCGGUGCUGAGGGUUGUCGUCUUAGGAUCAAGAUGUUGAUUCAGCUGAUGUUGCUGCAGAUAAUAGUACCCUUGGCUCUUACAGAAGAUACCUCCUUCUGCAAAGACACAUCCGUGUCCUCAAAGAAAGAGAAGAUCCUGAAUCUACUGUCCUGCUGGGGAGAUGAUAAGGAAUCUACAUAUAAGAUUGAUAAUUACAGUGAGAGCCGUGAACAUGCUAUCAAAUAUAGAAGCUGUAAAGAGAUCCGAGAUGCCUUUAAUGAUGUCAAAGAUGGUAUCUAUACUUUGACCACAAAAAAUGGAAUGACCUACCAGACGUUCUGUGACAUGACAACUAAUGGUGGAGGUUGGACUUUAGUGGCAAGCAUUCAUGAGAAUAAUAUACAUGGUAAAUGUACUUUGGGAGAUCGCUGGACAAGUCAACAAGGGAAUAAUGCAAACAAUCCAAAGGGUGAGGGUAACUGGGAUAAUUACGCUACGUUUGGGACACCAGAAGGAGCCACAAGUGAUGAUUACAAGAACCCUGGAUAUUAUGACAUCUUCACCAAAGAUGUGAGUGUCUGGCAUGUGCCUAAUGAUACCCCACUAGAGUUAUGGAGGCACUCAUCAUUACAGAGGUAUCGGACAGACACUGGCUUCCUAGAGCAUGAAGGUGGAAACCUUUUCUUUUUAUACAAGAAAUACCCAGUAACAUUCAAAGCAGGGACCUGUUUACAACAUAAUGGACCAGCUAUUCCCGUAGUAUAUGACUAUGGAUAUGCCGAAAAGACAGCCAAGUUUUACUCACCCAAUGGAAGAGCGCAAUUUAUUGCUGGCUUCAUUCAAUUCCGUGCCAUCAACAACGAGGGGGCUGCCCUGGCGCUCUGCCCUGGAAUGAAGGUGACCGGCUGUGAUGCAGAACAACAUUGUAUUGGAGGGGGAGGAUAUGUAGGCGAGGGGCUCACCAGACAGUGCGGAGACUUCACUUCUUAUGACUGGGAUGGAUAUGGCACACAUACCGGAUGGAGUUCCAGCAAAGAAAUAACAGACGCGGCAGUUCUGGUCUUCUACCGUUAGUCAUCUAAAGAUUACUGCUAGAGCUCGUAAUCAUGUGUGUAUUAUCUUAUCACUAUCUAUGUCUGGGGCUUAUUUGAUAUUUUAAUGUCUGUAUUAAAGGUUAUAUUUUAGGGCCUUGUCUUCGCUCAGUGAUAGUUGUUAGAGCUCAUAGUGGUUGUAGUCUGCUCUGAAUCCACUCCUGUGUGAACAGGCUUAUAUCCACCGGGUGCAGAGGA